AAAGCUGAACGUCUUCCAUAACAGCUAGGGGUGCAGACCUGAGGAAUAACCGACUGUAUACUGGACACAUCGUGCUGAAUAUGGAUUUACAGUGGGUGUAGCAUCGUUGGAAGACCGAGCCUUCUCGGCUGAGGUGACGGCAGGACAUUUGCAAAAACCGACGAAAAUAACAUCAGUGUUUUUUUUCUCGGGGUGCUUUGUCUUGUCCACCUAACGAUAGCAGACCAUCAUUCCCAUUUCAAUUGCAAGAUAUUCAGCUGGUGGUUACUAGCUACCGCCGCCGCCGGGAUGUGUCACCAUGUUGUCACCUAAAAGUAACUGCUAGGACGUCGGAUUGUGAAGGAAAAGCAGAAAACGUCUCCCGAGGUCCCAACGGGUUGUCACUGGGACCUGAAUCUGUCGCGGAGCCCACUGUUUUCGGCGAUAUGGCGGAGCAGGGCUACUCAUCCUGGGCGUACUCCCUAGUUGACUCCAGCCAGGUGUCCACCUUCCUCAUUUCCAUCCUUCUCAUCGUCUAUGGCAGCUUCAGGUCAUUAAACAUGGAUUGUGAGAACCAGGAGAAGGAUAAAGAUGGUAACCCCACGCCGGGGUUCAAUAACGGCAACACAAACAACAGUGAGUGUUACUCACAUGGUAUUCAGACUAUAGACUCCACACAAGCACUGUUCCUACCCAUAGGAGCCUCUGUAUCUCUGCUUGUCAUGUUCUUCUUCUUUGACUCAGUUCAGGUGGUCUUCACCAUUUGCACUGCAGUUCUUGCAACAAUUGCAUUUGCAUUCCUCUUGUUGCCAAUGUGCCAGUAUCUGACCAGACCCUGCGCCCCACAGAACAAGAUUUCGUUUGGCUGCUGUGGGCGUUUUACUCUGGCCGAGCUCCUGUCCUUCUCCCUCUCGGUUAUGUUGGUGCUCAUCUGGGUGCUGACUGGACACUGGCUUCUCAUGGACGCUUUAGCCAUGGGCUUGUGUGUCGCCAUGAUCGCCUUUGUGCGGCUUCCCAGUCUGAAGGUGUCUUGCCUGCUGCUGUCAGGACUGCUCAUUUAUGAUGUGUUCUGGGUGUUUUUCUCAGCCUACAUCUUCAAUAGUAAUGUGAUGGUCAAAGUUGCCACCCAACCUGCUGAAAAUCCCAUAGACGUUCUGUCCAGGAAGCUCCACCUGGGCCCAGGGAUGGGCCGUGACGUCCCACGCCUCUCCUUACCUGGCAAACUGGUCUUUCCCAGUUCCACAGGAAGUCAUUUCUCAAUGCUGGGAAUAGGAGACAUUGUGAUGCCGGGGCUGCUGUUAUGCUUCGUCCUGCGCUAUGACAACUACAAGAAACAAGCAAAUGGGGAGGUCCCAGGACCUAACACGUCCGGACGCAUGCAGCGCGUCUCCUAUUUCCACUGCACUCUCAUUGGAUACUUUGUGGGUCUGCUGACCGCCACUGUGGCCUCCAGGAUCCAUCGUGCUGCUCAGCCAGCUCUGCUCUACCUGGUGCCCUUCACCCUGCUGCCUCUGCUCACUAUGGCCUACCUGAAGGGGGAUUUGCGACGCAUGUGGUCCGAGCCCUUCCACGCCAAGACCAGCAGCUCCCGCUUCCUGGAGGUAUGAUGCACCCUGGGAAUAACCGACCAGCGCAGGGAGGACUGCGGAUCCUUACCCUUAAUAAGAGGGAAGGAGAGAGGGCACACUCACAGUGAGGCCAUGUUGUCAUCACUUGUUCAUGCUUUCCGCCAAUCUUCUGUGAAAACCCUCAGAAGGACACCAGUGUGUGGAUCACAACGCCCCAACACGACUCAUCUUUGGUCCCUACAUCCUCCCCGUUUCAUCUCCGCUUCCUCUUUUCUGUUUAUUUCCUCUUCAUUAUAGCACAUCCUGCCUGUGCUGUUUUUGUUCCACAGCCCCUCCCUCUCUUUUUUUUUUUCCUUUUUCCCCCUCUUCAGCUCUCUUCUAUAGUUGCUCUCAUUUGCCACUCCCCUCCCACGGCCCGUUGUAUUUCGUCAGGCCUCUUCUCUCUGCGUUUUCCUUCUUUCUCUGCGUCUUUAAUUUCCUAUUGCAUCCCUGUUUGUCACCGACUCAGAUGAACUCGAGAGCCAGGCCUCCCCCCUUUUUGUGGACUUACGGUUGUGAGACAUGGCUGGGGUUUAUAUAUAUUUUUUUAGCAUUGUCGUGGUCAUCAUUAUUAUUAUUAUUAUUAAUAUUAUUAUUAUGGAACGAGUUAAACAAACAGAAGAGGUGGAGUGUUGCAGAGGCACAGGACAGUGCUCGAGAGCGACAGCAGCACAGAAAAGGAGAAGAGUCUUCCCCCUUCCAUCCGUUUCCCCCCCAUCCGCUUUCUUCAUCUGUCCAUCAUCCCACCACCAUGUCUUCUCCCAAGCGUUCCUCCUCUGACACUCCCUGCGAGCCCCCCCGCCCUCCUCCUCUCUGUUCAUCUGCUGUUCCCAUUCCCCACCCUCACAGAUAACUAUGUAUUUUAUUUAGAAAAGUUUUAUUCUUGGCAUAUACAGAAAUGAUGCAUUAUAAAUUGUUAAACCGCCCCUUAUGUUGAAGGGGGCGCUUCUAUUUGUAUAUAUGUGUACACAUGUAUUUGCGGUAUCUUGAGUUUGUAUUUGUGUUCGGGAGCAUGUUGAUUAGGGUGGGAAACUAAAGCCAGCCAGCAAUUGUGUCGAGUCGAUCAGAGAUCAUCCAUCAUUCGGAGGUUGUUUUCUAAAGUUUGUUAGCUGGUGAUGGAAACGCAGCUAAAGGACUUUUAGAAAAAAAUAAAAACAAAAAAAAAUCAUGGCUGGUUGAUGAAGAAGUUAGUUUCCUGCUCUAGUGUGAGUGUGUAUGUGCGUAUGUGCGUGCGUGCGUGCGUGUGUGUGUGUGUGUGUGUGUGUGUGUGUGUGUGUGAGAGCGCGAAACAGAUGUUUUGUUUUAACUGGUUUUAAUUUCACAUCAUGAACAUGUUGAAAACAGUGACAAUAGUCAGGUUUCCAUUGACCACUGAGUGUGUUGGAUCAAACUGUCAUAAACACAUGAUAUGUCUAAUGGAAACAGUUUGUGUCUAAUCUUGUGAAGUAAAUACCUGAAAACACAUUUUCAACAAGGGUCAAUUCAUCUUUUUAUCAGUCUUUUGCAGACAGGUGGAAAUGUACACAGUGUUUGUUUUUUGUUUUUUUUGGGGGGGGGGGGUUUCAAAUAAAUGAAUGUUGAAUUAAUUUUAAGGUGUUACUUUCAUCAUGAAAACACGUCAUGCAUCAAGCUGGGUUUUCUACUGAAUUUCUGUUGUGCACCCUAAAUUAUUGUAAGAGAGACAAAACUUUUUAUCUUUCACGAGUCCAUAAAAUGUCUGAGCACGAUGACAUUAGAUCAGUUUUUAUAUAUUUUGACAAAAGACAAGUCAAUGGAAACAAACAGCACAUGUUUACUUCGUCUGAACUUUGUAAAUGUCAGUGUUUCACCUCAGUCCAUGAAGACCUGACUAUUGUGAAAUUUUGGACUUGAAGCCUAAAAGAUGAGGGUCAGUAGGAUAUGAAGAUGUUCUGUGGUUAGAUCCAUGUGUAAUUACAGAUAGAAGGUUGUCUGAGUGGAUGAUUAAGUGUGUGUGUGUGUGUGUGAUCAAAUAACAUAGUCUGUUUGGACCCAGGGAGGGGAGAAAAUCACUUUAUGCCCUUCAGAAAUUGAAAAAUGGAAAUUAGGAAUUAAAGCUAACCCAUAGUAUGUUUUUACUGUCAUCAUUUGGUACUUGACAGUCUUCGUCUUUUUUUUUUUAUUUACUUUUGUCCUUCCACUGUUUUGUGGUGCUUGUCAGUUAAUAUCUAAUGUAUACUGGAAGUAUGAGUGAUCGCACGGCAGGAAGUCGGAGAGAUGUACGGAUGACUCGGUUUGCUGGCUUUUUAAUUUUGUUUUGUUGGUUUUUUUACUAUCUGGACGUGCAUGUUAAAUGUAAAGUGUAUCAUUUCUCAGACUGCAUUAACAGGGCUACUGCAGUUUUGAAUCUCUGCUGGCCGACACCAAGGCACUGGACCUAUGAGCUGGCCUACACAGAGCAGUGUCAGCAGGUGGGACUUGUCAGGUCAGAAAGACUGCGAUUGGUCAGCUCUGACUGAUUCACAAAGGCUGAAUUUUAGGACCUGAGUACAGGUCGGGACAUCCAGCCUGCCUGUCGUCCAAACUUGGACUUAAUGGAACCACAAACUCCCCUCACCUCUUCAUGGACAUGGCGAGAAAAUACAUAGAUUUAUAUACAUAUAUAUACGUAUAUGUGUAUAUAUACAUAUAUAAAUGUUGACGAUCAUGGUGAUGAUAACAAAAAAAAGUUUCAUUUUUUUAUAGAAAAUGGAUUUCUUUUUACCCCUUUGUAAAUUUUUUCUUUUAGUGCUUUAGUUUUUUUAAAAUUUUCUUUUCCACCUCUUCUCCCCUCCAGCAGAGGAUCCCAGCUCUGUUGGUGCAUCGACAUUACAGCUGAAUGGAUUCUGUAUAGAAAAAUGGUGAAUAAAUAAAUUUAAGAACUGUGUAGUGAAACAUGAAUCCUGAAGCGCUCAAUCUAAAACACUUUGUCUCCUUUUAACCCCCCCCCCUCCUCCCUUCUGCCCUCUCCCGUUCUUUCCCUUCUUGUUCAGGAUUCUGCUGUAA